AGUUGUUAAACUUUUUUUUAAGAUUUCAAGAGAAUAUCGAUUUCUAGUGCUCCGAUUCCUUAGCCGAGAACGUCCUUUCAAAUGUCAACAACUUCAAGUAUCAAAUGUAAAAGAAUGAAGAAGUCCUGUGUAACUUACACUUCAAUAUCUCUCUUCUUCCUGCUGGGUGGCAUUUGGUUUGUUCUGCGUAUUCAAACUCCUCAGCCACAACUAAUUCGUAUUAAAUCACGAAGACCACUGGAGAUUAUGAGCAAGAAUCUGCUAGUGAACACCUCGUACUGCAAAAUGCAAACCAUGGAUCCCACGUCGCCCAUUGCGAAAUACUUUAUAAGACCAAUACCGUCUCAUUCAUGCCACUUGAUCCAAGUACUGAUGCCAAAAACAAUUGGUGGUAGGAACUUCCUAUACCUAGCCGUUAGUAAAACUAAACUUUGGAAGUAUUACGGAAUUCGAAGACUGAGUGAAAUCCUUUGCGCCUACACCAACUUUGAGAGAAUCGAUGACUUUAAUAAUCGUUACGUAGGACGAACAGUAUUUCGGUUUAGCAAGUGGCGUAAUUACCAGGAGAUCAAACCGAGGAAUACAUCUAUAAGAGUCUGGUGUUGGCGCGAUCAUGGUCGUAUCCUCUACCAUGAUGUAUUCAUGUUCCUGUCAGAACCAAUACCUCCAAAAAAGAAAAAGAAGCUAAGACCGGAACUCGCAAAUCGUCUUUCUGUCUUGAUCCUGGGUAUUGAUUCCAUAUCCCACAUGCACUACCGCCGACAUUUUAGCAAAACAAUGAAGUUUUUGGACAAGUUAACACAUACAGAAAUGUGGGGCUAUAAUCGUGUUGGUGAAAACUCCUACCCCAAUUUGGUGCCUUUGCUGAUCGGUGAAAAUGAGACAAUAGUGAAUGGUCCUACAGGAUGCUAUGGGGCAAGCGAACCUAAAUGUUUCGACAAGUGUUAUCUACUUUUUGACUUAUUCAAGGCGGCCGGCUAUGCCACAAUGUUCGGCGAAGACUCAUCCUCAGCUGGAACCUUUGUAUAUGUAUCACAUGGCUUUCAACGUCAACCAGCUGACUUUUACCUGCGAACCGCCAUGAAUGAGAUCGAUCAGAAAACUAGCUACAAGGCAUCGGGUGCUAACUCCAUUUCAUGUACAGGUGGCAGGGCAUAUACCCAAGUUUUGAACAAAUUUAGGUACAGCCUUCUGCCACAUAUGGAGGCUAGAAGUCAAGAUACUGGAUUCUUUGGCUUUUUCUGGCAAUCACACGGCGUUCAUGACUACAUUUGGUAUGCAGAAAUUGCAGAUGUGAUGUACGAAGCCUAUCUGAGGGAAAUGUAUCGACGACAACUAUUUAGCAAAACCUUUGUACUGCUGAUGUCCGAUCAUGGCUUGCGAUUUGGUAAAUUUAGUGCGACGCUUCAGGGGAUGAGGGAAAUAUCGCUGCCAACGGCGAUCGCCAUUUAUCCGCGUUGGAUGGUCAGGCGAUUUCCAUUAGCAAUUGAAAAUCUCAAGGCCAAUGCCCACCGACUGAUUACCACGCAUGAUUUGCACGAGACACUGAAGGAUUUGACCAAUUUGGAGAACUUGAAAGAUGAGAACAUUCGAAGAAGGACUCAGCAACUACGCAAUGAUCGCAAUGUUUCAUUAUUUCUCCCAAUUCCCGAAGAACGCAGCUGCAGUUCCGCUGAAAUUCCAGAGCAUUAUUGUGAGUGCGAUAAUUAUGUUAAGAUUUCAAUCAAACUGGAUAGUGUCCAGCAUGUAGCCAGAUUUGUUGUGGAUAGCAUUAAUGAGAUGGUGGGUUCUUAUACCAAGUGCCAAAGAUUGCAACUAAGUCAUGUGGAGGAUGCCUACAAACGGGAGCACAAGGAGUACAUCACUGUGCGGCUGGUAACUCAACCUGGUGGUGGUCAUUUCGAUGCCACGGUUCUUCAUGAUCAUAACAAAACUUUCCUGCAGGGAAGAAUCACCCGAACAGAUCGAUACAAGGAUCAAUCUUAUUGUAUAGAGAAAUCAUUAAUCCAACAAUACUGCUACUGUUUGUAGCUUAAAUUUUUGAUAAUAAUUGAAUACGAUAAAAUAUAUCCAAAAGUUAGAAAUGCAAGUCCUGAGAACCUCCUGCAAAAUAGUAGUGACAAAAACUAACAUUACUUUGGUUCCCUGCAGAGCCAAAGUAGCCUGGCAUUAGGAUAAAUGACUAGCAAAUGUGUUUAGAUUUGUCUUAAUUUCAUUCACCACACAUAAACAC